AUGCCACCUCCCAACAUUGGUGACCAAGAACUGAAGAAUCAGGAAACCUGUUCGUUGAGACACAUCAUUUGUUCAGCAUCCUGCUAUUUGCUGCUCGACACGCUAAACAUCGCUUCAGACAGGGGCGGGGCAGAAAGGAAGAAAGAAAGAAAAGAGCCCCGGGCCCUGGCCCAGAGUCAAACGGGCAUCCAGAAGGACGCAGGCCCGGCCUUCGGCGGGUGCCGCGAGAAGCCGCUUCCUCUGAGCUCCGAGGCUUCCACUUCCGCUUUCUUCCGCGAGGGAUCCCCCCGCGGCCCGGGGCGGGGGUCCAACCAGCCCCUAGGCCGGGAAAGGAGCGAGGGGGAAGGCCCAGUGCCCGCCGGGCAGCCGCGGGAGGGAGGCCGGAGCGGCGCCGGAGGAAGUGAGUUCACCCGGGAAGGAUGGAAAGCCAGGAGCCCGGGCCCUCCGCGCGCCUUCCAGGUCGCGGAGCGGGGAGAAGCGGCGAGCUCGCGACUCGCAGCCUCGGCCCUCAACGUGGCCCGUUCGCCCGGGGCCUCGGAUGCGGUCGACUCCCUUGGACUUGCGCGGUUGGUCCUUCGUGCUCCCUGGGAGCAGGGGGCGCCAGGUGUGACCUUGGAGCAUCAGUCCCGGGGAAGGAGGUCGGAGAUUGGAUUCCCAGGGAGACGACAACUGUCUGGAAACGAAAAACCAAGACCACCAAGAGGGAAAUUUAAAGGAAAGCAAGAAACCAUGGAGAGAGGGACCGGCAACGGAAAAGAAAAUUAUUCACCACUUUUGAAGGACGUGCAGAAUUUUGCGCCUAGUUCCUGCAACAAGGCAUUCUGACUUUUCUCAUCAUAGUUCCCAGAACCCAUUUACCGUGUUCGUAUUUUGAAGCCUUUUGUUUUGUUUGCCUGGGAAUUGCACGUUUGCAUACUCCUGCAAGCUGUACCGGUUGGCAGUAGAAGGGGAAGUCUGAAGCCUGUAGGAGACUUGGGUGGGGAGCGAAAGCCCUGACGGCGCCCUGGGUCCAGUCUAAGGCACUCCCCUCCCGGCUACCGCAGGAGCAGGCUGAGCUGCCGCCCGCCCGUCCGCCGGAGGCUGAGCCCCUGGGCUGCUGGCCAUGGGGGUGAUCUGGGCCAGAGUGAUCGUGCUGCAUUUAUUAACGACCAGAGAGAUUUCUUAAGCCAAGUCCCCAAAGAAAGAGAUCCCAACGAGUAAGACAGUUGCAGCUCUGGCUCUGGCCAAGGCUGAGAGUCGGGGAAUCCCGACAGAAUUGCUGCUUCACAGACAUCUCCCGGUUGUAGGACAAAGUGAUGCUCCUUGGUGGGCUCCGUGCUCUAGGACUUGCAGUCGUGCGCGGCUGGAAGGUAACUGUCUGAACCAUUAAACUAUGCUACAACCGGCUGUGGAAACUUGAAGACAUUUCUGGUAUACUUCAGAAAACACUACUGCUUUUUUUUUUCUUCCGUAGCAGACUCAGUGUAAGUCUCUCCUUUACUAAUAAUGACACUGUCCUAAAAGUCCUCAGAUGGGUGGUCAGACUGGGCGUUCCCGUAGAUCUAGAAACCUCUAUAAGAGUCGUUCAUUCGGCUGAGUGGCAAUCGAAGGAUGUGAUCAGGUGUUGCAAACUUUGGUUUCUGAACUCAAGUGUGGCCUCUUAGACUUUGCAUUUACAAAACCGGAACCUUAAAGUGCCAUCUCUGGACCCCCGGCUAUCCUCACCACUGUGCGGUCCCUUCAAGCCUUCAGGGAAAAUCUAGAAUCUGGUAUUAGGGUGUAGUCUGCCAGACCUGCAGUUCGCCUUGCCUUCCCCACCCUGAGACCCUUGACUAAGAAUUGUAGUCCUUCCCUGGGAUCUCACUAGCGUGUUCUCAAGCAUGCCUCCAAAUACAUUUUCCCAAUCUUGUGGGGCAAGGCUUGAUUUCGAAGAACCAUGUUCUGCUCCCCUACCCCAGACUGGCCUAGAAGUUAGGUGCACGAUUUCUCUUCCCUGCCUGUCUUCUAGGCCAGUCGCAAAGACAUGACCAGGGAAUCUGAAAUUGAGAGAGAUCUGGAAUUGGCUUGGCCACAGGAUUCAAGUUGUAACUAUACCUGUGGUCUUAGCCCCUCGGGAACCCAGGGAAGCACCCAGAAACGCAAGCCAAGAGGCAACACCUGGAUCAGACAGAGUUCAGCCUCCCCUCCCCCAGCCCUGGCUGGGUGGGAAGUGUUUAAAGCCACAGGUAUUGCGCCCUUUUGAUGUUUCAUAAAAAGACCUUCUUUGAA